AUGGCCGUGCCGACAAAGAAGAGCGCGGCGGUCAAAAUGGGAGCGCGGCGCUGCCCCAGACGGACCAUUUCGACGUGGACGAGACGAACUCGGUCUUCCUCUUCUGCUCCAUUCGCGAAAAGGAGCCCGCCGAGCUCGCGGGUGUCGUCGCGGGACAACACAAACGUCUACGUCGACCGCGUCGUCUCGCGCGGCGGCGGGCGCGGCAUCUUUUGCGUGUCGCAGUCGGGCGGCGCCGUCAUCACGAGCGUGGACCUGGCCAACAACGGCAACAACGCCGUCCUGAUCGAGAACUGCUACAACCUCUCGAUCCGCGGCGGCACCGUCAACGGCGGCGGCGAGGUGCGCCUGUCCGCCCGCAGCGAGUUCCCCAACAACCGCGACAUCUGGGUCACCCUCACCGUCAACGGCGCGUCGGUGCGCGAGUCGCCGUGCGGCCAGAACAUUAACUGGAGCCUGUCCGGGAACGGGGCGCGGAACAUUUGCCGCUGA